AAAAAAUCAGCAAAGUGCGUUAAAUUAUUUGGGUUUUCGCAAAUAUGACAGUACAUAAUGUGUUUUAGGUGAUAAGGGCAAUGUGACUUGCACCCUUCCAUCUCAAUUGGGUUACAUUUACAUAGACUCCUCCUUGCAUCUGGGGCUUAUCCAAUACAUGCUGUUGGAGGGCGUGGAAAAGUAAUGUUUACGUCUGGCUCUUGGAGAAGUGGGACAGGGUUCAUAGCGCACCUGUCACAGUCAGAUCUGGACCACGUUGGCAUCAAAUGAGCCACUGCAAGACAGCGUCCAAGAAGACCACCGCAAGGUAAGAUACUGCAUUGUUUGGAGAAUAGUUUCGUCUGGCAACUGUUGUUAUUAAAAAGUGUAUUUUACAUCCAGAGUCUUCCCAUACGGCCAAAGAUGACAUUAUUAAACUCUCAUAACUUCAUACAUAGGUUAUAGUCGAUUUCGCUCAAACAUUUUAAAUGGCAGAUAUUUCCAAGUUGGAUACCGUCUUAUUCAAAGAGCUUCUUGCAUGUUGAAGCUUAUGUAGGGUAAGGACCAAUUAAAGUAAGACUAGCCCCAGACUAACUAAUCUAAAUGAAUGGCAGUUAACUCCUGCACCUGCUGCUGUGACACUCAGCAUCUGGUGUGUUCAGGAAUUACUAGGAAAACUGUAGAAAUAAAAUCAGUAUUGUACGAGAAAGAAUUACUUAAAUUAUGUAAAGUGCAUUAGUGAGCAUAGUUCAAGUGUCAACUGUGCACCUUUCCCAAAUAACAUUAUUUUCUAUGGCUACACAAGUAUGUUUUUGUAAAUUAUUAAUAGGGUAAUUAUUAGCUUCUUUAUUGUAAAUAAAUCCAUCCAUAAAUAUUACAGAUUUAAAUAUAAAGCAACAAUAAACUAUAAAUAGCAAACAUCACACGUUCAAGACAUGUGCCACAGGAUCAAUGCACUAUCAGUAAUUUAAUGAUAAUAUUAGUACCUUAAUAUGAAUAAUCCACAAAUAUAUACAUGUAAAAAGAUAGUAAUAUGUAAAUUAAAUAUUACUCCUAAAUGUGUUGAGUAGUGAGGCAUAGAUAUGACAUAGAUCUCCCUGGCCUCACAUGACAUGCAGUAAACCGAGUGUGUGUGACCUACUGUGCAUGUGCCAGCUGGUCAUAAGGUGUCCGCCUUCUGUCCACAGAGCCGCCAUGCUGAGAAGGGCCCGGAACAGCAGAGUACGUCUGGCCUGGGCUGAGACCCAGAGAGAGGCAGAUACCAUGGCCUUGAUCCACACCUGGGACAGAGCAGAGGAAGAGCCACAGGAAGGAACACAGAUUGGUGAGCUGCCCACACAGGUUGGUCACCUGGAGCCAGUCCCUGAGGUGCUGGCUCUGCCCAGUACAGUUCCAGUGACAGGGGAGUCCUUCUGCCAGUGUCAGCAGCACGAUGAGACCACUCUGGGGGCCAUUCUCAAUGGGUUCAACCUCAUCAGUGACUGCCGGUGUGGAGAGGAGGAUCAAGAUUUUGACUGGGUCUGGGAUGACAAGUGCAAUGCUACUGGAGCAUUCUUGAGCUGUGAGAACAGGAAAGUGACUUUUCACUCAGACUACAGCUGUGGGACGGCUGCCAUCAGGGGCAACAAAGAGCUCACAGUGGGACAGUAUUUCUGGGAAGUGAAGAUGACCUCACCUGUCUAUGGAACAGAUAUGAUGGUGGGAAUUGGAACAUUGGAAGUGAACUUGGAGAAGUUUAAAUACAGUUUUGGAAGCUUCUUAGGUCAUGAUGAAGACAGCUGGGGUCUCUCCUACACAGGUCUGUUCCAGCACAAAGGAGACAAAGUCAGGUUCUCCUCUCGGUUUGGUCAAGGGUCCAUAAUUGGAGUUCAUCUGGACACGUGGCAUGGUACUUUGACUUUCUACAAGAAUCGCCACUGCAUAGGUGUCGCUGCCACCAAGUUACCAAAUAAGAAGUUCUACCCCAUGGCGUGCUCCACUGCAGCCAAGAGCAGUAUGAAGGUGAUCCGCGCGUGCUACACACCCACCUCACUGCAGUACCUGUGCUGUGUUCAGCUCCGUCACAUGUCCCCCCACUGUCCAGAUGUGUUGAGCACUCUGGAUGUGCCGCCUGGUCUGCGCAGCCUCCUCAGGGCACAGAUGGGUUGGGUGUUCUCCCUAAACAACAGCACUCACAAUAAUGACACUUCAGAGCCCAGUCUGGAGUUGUCUCAUGUCUAUUAUGAAGACAUGAGUCUGCCUUCCAGCACGAGCAUCAGUCCAAUCCCCAGCCCAGUGCCCAGCCUGAGUGCAUGUGCCUCCCUCAGCCCUUGCCCCAGUCUGUUUGACCCUGUUCUGUACCAGUGUCCCUGUCAAACUGUCCACACUCACUCAUGCACCUGCCUCUGCCCCCCCACCCCACCCAGCAGUGAUUACGACAGCUGCUGCUCUGAGCCAGAGGAUUACCGGAGCAAAAGGUGCCGUUGGACAUGACCACAAUAUUUACUGUAUUUGUUUAAAAUCUCUAACCUUGCCACAGACAUCUACUCUAUGAAAUCAGAAAAACAUGUGCAUGUGUUUUUAUAACACAUUAAGAGGCUACUGAUAACAACUAAUUUUGAAAUGAUUAAUGAUUCAUUCUUUAAAAUUAAUGUAGGCAACAUAUUUCAUACCAAAAUGUGUUAAAAUAACUUAAAACUUGCACUUUAAUUAUUAGGAACCAUGUUCCUAUAGUUUUUUGUCUUUUAAAUGUUUUAAAUGCCAUUAAAAACAAAUGGAGGUACAACAAAUCUGCAUGCUACUCAGGAAUAGGAUUCUGGGGAAAUAACUUUUCAUACUCUGUUUUGUAAACAGAAAUUUUGUUUUAACAGUAAUGUUUUGAUUACCUUUUUUACUUUAUGUUCUUAAAUAAAAAAAAAUACAAUUUAUCACUUGAUUGUA